CUGAACCGGAUUUGCGUGUGUGUGCACCUCUCCCCGUUUCCUGGUGCUUGGAAAUACAAUUUUGGAAAGAUCGUACAGCUCCUACAAUUCCUUUUGUUUCGCCUACAACCUUCAAUCAGCUUACAAGAACGAUGGGCUCCUUGGGAAUCAGCGAGUCGCCGAAACCAUGGCAAGGAAUAGUAGCUGAAAAACAGAGGGCAGCAAAGAAGCUAGUCCCCUCUGGCUGGCUUUUGCCAGAUGCCAUCUGGCAGGGCUUGACUCUGCCUCUAGAGGCCAAUCCAAAUCGGAUCAUUGAGCAAGAUAUUCCACGUCGAAGUGGCAUUUUGUCUACCCGAGAACUUGAGAUUACAGAAAACUACAGCACGGCUCAACUACUUGACGCGCUGGCGAAAGGUACCUUGUCGUCAGUAGAAGUUACCACGGCGUUUUGUAAACGCGCCGCCAUUGCCCAGCAACUCACGAACUGCCUCACCGAAGUCUUUUACGAUGCUGCACUGAAACGAGCAAAGGAGCUGGAUGAAUACCUGGCGGCAUCUGGGAAACCAUCUGGACCGCUGCACGGUCUCCCGAUCAGUCUCAAGGACAGCUUCAAGCUGAAGGGGAUCGACUCCAGUAUCGGGUUCGUGUCCCUGGUCAACAAACCCGCCGAGCAGAACUCUGUGCUCGUCGACAUGCUUCUCGAGAUGGGGGCCGUCCUAUACGUCAAGACGAACAUCCCUCAGACGAUGAUGACGGCGGACUCGCACAACAACGUAUGGGGUCGGACGUUGAACCCGCAUAACACGACGCUGACCGCCGGUGGCAGCACCGGGGGAGAAGGUGCGUUGAUCGCUUUCCGCGGGUCACCCCUGGGCAUAGGCACCGACAUUGCCGGUUCCAUUCGUAUUCCUUCGUUGUGCUGCGGAGUCUACGGCUUUAAGCCGACGACCGGCCGGAUCCCGUUCGGAAAUCAGCAAUCCCCUGUCCCGCCUGGAUAUUCUCCCAUUCAUCCCGCCGCAGGACCCAUGGCGAACUCGUUCGAGGCAUUGCAACUUCUGACCGAGGCUGUAAUCUCUGCUCGCCCAGCCCGACAUGACUCGACCUGUCUCGAUGUUCCCUGGCAACACUUGACACCUCUUCCAUCAUCGACGAGGCUCACUAUUGGGGUGUUGACAGAUGACACCACCCUCCCUUUCCAUCCACCAGUCAAGAGAGCUUUGGACAAUGCCUGUGCUCUUCUCGCCGAAAAAGGUCACAACCUCGUUCCCAUCGGCCCCGAAAGGUCUCACGUCGCCAGUCUCGCGGAACUGUCAAUGGCAGCAUUCACACUCGACAUGAAGGGAGGGUUUGAAUUCAUCGCGAGCUCGGGAGAACCGGUCGUCCCGUCUGUGGCGGCAGGCGCCGCUCCUUCCCGAGGAGAAGCCAUGAAGUCAUUUUGGGUGGAGUUUGACCGUCUGGACAUGUACCACAAGAUUGCCGCCCUGGGAGGGCAAAUACAACGCUUGAAGGAGGAAUGGAGAAAGUUGUGGAAUGAGUCGAACCUUGACGUCGUCAUCUGCCCUGGAGCUCAGCACACGGCCGUCAAACAUGACACAUAUCGCUAUCCGGCUUACACAGUGUUUUUGAACGUCUUGGAUUAUCCCGCAUGCAUUGUUCCCUUGGGGAAAGCCAGUAAAGACCUAGAUGCCACACCUGGAGACUUUGGAGACGCAGGUUCAUACAAUCCGGAAGACAUCGACCAAGCGCCAACUGCGAUUCAGGUCUUUACCCCAAACAUGAGAGAUGAGGUGUGCUUACAAGUUGGUCAAGUGAUAGAUGAAGUUUUGAACCAGUCGUAAAC